CAGCCCAUCUGCGGACAAAACCUACCUAUACGUCUAGAGAGAGAGAGAGAGUGUGUUUUGGUGAUGAGGAGGUGGAACCAUUCUUAGUUGUUCUUACAGCACUGUUUUUUCUUUUCUCUAUCCAUUAAUUCCCUUCUCAUCUUUCUGCAAAACUAAAACACUUUCUUUAUCCUCACUUCUUCACUUAAUAUUUGUUUAAUCUCCAAAGAAAGCAUCUCCCUUUUCAACAAAUCAUACUAAUUCUUAUCUGCUCUCCUCCUUUUUCCUUCUCACUUGUUCAUCAUUGUUUUCAGUUUUCACACACACACACACACACUCUCUCUCUUCAAUUUCUUUCCUUCCAAACAAAUCUCACCUCUCCCAACAUUCUUGAAAAUGACUGACAGAGUAUACCCAUCAACCAAGCCAAAUGGCACCUCCCAUCCCAUCCCACCCCACCGUCAGUUCAGUUGCCGCCGCUGCUUCUGCCUCACCUGCUUCUGGUCCAUCCUCAUCCUAAUCGCCAUCCUCCUCCUAGCCGCCAUCGCCGCCGCCGCCUUGUACGUGCUGUACCGCCCCCAUCGCCCUCUAUUCUCCGUCACCUCCCUCAGAAUCUCGACUUUCAACCUAACCACCACCCCCUCCGACGACUCCACCCACCUCACCACCAAAAUCAACAUCACUCUCUCCGCAAAGAACCCAAACAAGAAGAUCAUAUUCCUCUACGAUCCCACGUCCAUCACCGUACUCUCCAACUCAGUACAUUUAUCAAACGGUUCCUUCGCCAACUUCACAAAUUCACCAGACAACAUUUCCAUAAUCCACACUUCAAUGGGGCUCAACUCUCAGGUACUGGAUGCUGAUUCCCUCAACUCCCUCAAGUCGGAUCUGAAGCGGAAGAACGGGUUGCCCAUGGAAAUCGUAAUGGAUACAAUGGUAGGGGUGAAGAUGGAAAAGCUGAAGAUGAAGAAGAUUGGGAUCAGAGUGAAGUGUGAUGGGAUUCAUGGGUUGGUUCCCAAGCCUAAAACUCUAACUCCAGCACUGGCCAACACUUCCAAUGCAAAGUGUAAGGUUGAUCUCAGAAUCAAGAUCUUCAAAUGGACAUUCUAAUCCUCCAUUUUCAUUUAUUAAUUUCUUGUUAUUAAUUGCCGCUAUGAUUAAUUAUUAUCAUUAUACCACUUUUUUUCCUAGCUAUUUUUGUUAGUAGGUGAGACGCUGAAUCUUGGGAAGGUGAAGAAAUUAAGUGUGGGGGUGUGUUUUGUUUAUCAUAAAAUGACAAGUAAAAAGAUGAAUUUACGCGUUGUGUAAUUGAUCUUUGUUGAUGAAAACGCAAUGCAAAAUGUGAAGGAUUUCAUGCG